CUUUAGAGCAGAGGUCACUAUUCGAAAAAUUGAAGAAGUUUAUAAACAAUAACAAAUAACACAUUUUUAAUUUUUGCAAAAGGCAUAAAAUGAGUAAAAAAAACCCCAAUGUAAAAGUGAGGGAGGCGAAUCUUUUAGAAGCUGUUAAUUCCAACUCAAACAAUGUGGAUACCAUGUUAGAGAAAGUGCAAGAGAUCGACUACACCUGCACGUUUGAAAAAUGCAAAAGUAAAACUAAAAACUUCGGAAUUGAGUGCAAAUUUUGCAAAGGUAGGUUCUGCACCAGCCACGGGUUACCGGAAAUCCACGGUUGCGGCGAAGCCGUGAGAAGAGAGGAACGAACCAAGUUUUUACAUCAGAAUCCCACGGUUUCGCAGGAGAAACAUUCACAGGCGCAAACCAAGCUCAAAAUGAAACUGAAGCAACUCCAACAAGAGAGAAAAUCUAAAGGAAAACCCAAAUAAUAGCAACAUGAUUGCGGUGUACUACUAGGUUUAUGAAUGUUUAUUAAAUUUAAUUAUUUCGAUGGCUGUAAUAGGAGUGUUAGAUAUCUACACUCGCUUAAUAAUAAAAUACUUUUUC